AUGGAGUUUAAAGGCUACAAAAAAUGGAAACACAGAAACAUUCAUAAUAAGGAGCUACGAAGAAGAACACACAUGUGCGAUUACAAUAAGAUUUGGAGAUCAACGACAAGCUACAUCAAAGUUGAUAGCGGACUUUGUAAAACCAAAAUUCUUGAACACGAAAACAAAGUGCAGCCCUGCGUACAUAAAGACGAAAUGAAAGACAAAUACGGAAUAAAGAUGAAUUACAUGAAAGCAUGGCGUAGUAAAGAGCGAGCACAAACCCAGCUACAUGGAAAUGCUAAAGAGUCGUACAAUCUCUUGCCUAGAUACCUGUACAUGCUACAGAAAACAAAUCCAGGAACAUUAAUAGACAUAGAGAAAGAUGAUGAUGACAGUUUCAAAUAUGCAUUUGUUGCAUUGAAUGCUGCUAUAAAAGGUUGGCCAAACUGCAAACCAAUCAUCGUGGUAGACGUUGAUUCUGAGAACGAUAAAUCGUGGGAGUGGUUCUUAAAAAAAAUAAGAGAAGCAUUCGGGAUUCGAGAAUGUCAAUGCCUAAUAUCAGACAGACAUGAAAGCAUCAUCAAAGCAACUAGGAAAGUGUUCCCUGAAAUAACACAUGGCUACUGCAUCUUCCACCUCUUGUCGAACCUCAAAACAAAAUUCAAGAAAAAUGCAAAGCAUUUCAGAGUGCCAUUCUUUGCAGCUGCAAAAGCUUACACAGAAAUGGAGUUUGAAUUCCAUAUGAGGGAGCUAGACAACUUGGAUAAGCGCAUAAGACCGUACCUGGAGAAAAUUGGCCAUGAAAAAUGGUCAAGGUAUCAUUCAGAAAACAACAGGUACUCUACCAUGACAUCAAACAUAGCUGAGGCACUGAACUCAGCAAAUUUAGCAGCAAGGGAAACACCAGUGACAACAUUAAUGGAGUGCUUGAGGGCACAAAUGCAAGAGUGGACAUACAAUAAUAGAAAGGAGGCACAAAAAUGCACAACAAGGCUGACACCAUCAUCUGAGAAAAAACUCAUAGGGAACUAUGUACAGUCAUUGCGACUAACAGUAAGUUCAGAUUAUCGUUCGCAUAAAGUAAAAUUAAAACAGUUGUGUUUGCAUAGUUUUUUGGUUGUUUUAAAGUUGGUUUAA